GCACAAGAGUAGGAAAAGAGAGGGGGAGAGUUCAGAGUGUGUCUCCUGGGGAGAAGCACGCAGUUAAUAUCCAGGUCUCCAGUAAACGUCCAUGAGACUGCUCUAUUAAUCUGCUGGGCUACUGCGCAGAACCAGAAAUAUCAGCCUCAGUUCCAGUUAAAUUAUCAGUCUAGCCGAGCACAGAACAGCAGUUAGAAUCAGCAGCUUGUCAGGAGUCAGAAGUCUUUAGAUGCUGAAAAGAGUCAAGACAAAGUGAGCAGAGAUCAACCAACUGAACAGAACAUGACAGCUCCAGCAGCUCAGGAACUUGAUGAACGAUGUUUCCUGUCGGCACAGUCCAUGCCCAGUCUGAAGGUAUCCGAGCACUUCCAGGUGGUUAAGCUCCUGGGGGAGGGAUCCUAUGGAAAGGUCAUGCUAGCUGUGCACAGAAAGAGAGGAACACCUAUGGCUCUGAAGUUCUUCCCUCGUCAGUCGACCUCGCUCACCUCCUUCCUGCGUGAAUACAAUCUCUCCCUUUCUUACUGCACACAUCCCUCUCUGACACGGGCCCUCGGCAUCUUCUUCUCCACACCCACCUAUUAUGUUUUCGCCCAGCAAGCUGGUCUAUACGGUGACCUCUACAGUGUGAUAGUGUCAGAGGUUGGGGUGGAUGAAGAGUGUGUCCAAAGGGUGAUGUCUCAGCUGAGCGGUGCUGUCACACAUCUCCACUCUCUAGGCUUUGUUCACCGUGACAUCAAACCUGAGAACAUCUUUCUGUGUGACAGUUCAUGCCGCUGGGUCAAACUGGGUGACUUCGGUCUCGCCCGGGCCAUCGGCUCCACUGUUCGUGCUGUCUGGUACGAGUCGCCCUUCUGUACCCCGGAGGUGGAACCUGCCAAGGAGGCUGAGAAGGAGACGGAAUGCGAUGAGACUGAAGAGGAGGUGGAGGACAUUUGGAUAACAGUGGAGCCUUGUAUAGACAGCUGGGCCCUCGGUGUACUCGUCUACUGCCUAUUAACUGGCUGCUUCCCCUGGGAGGAGAGCACCCAUGAUGACCGUGGCUACCGUCGAUACAAGGAGUGGUUUUACCGUGAGACUGAAAAGGAGGGAAAGAUCAGGGAUGGUGAGUGGAUCAGUGAGGAGGACAGUUACAUAAUGAUGAAGGAAAACCAAAGAGACAACCCUCCUCCCUCACAGUUUGAGGGCCUCAGCCCACUGGUGAUGACUCUUUUCAAAGAGCUGCUCCACCCUGAGCCAAAACACAGAGGAAGCCCUGAGGAGAUCCUGAGCUACCUGGGAGGGCCGUGGCUGACAGAGACGGAGGAGGAGGAGAAGAGGAAGGCAGAGGAGGCAGAGAAGGAGGCCAGAAAAAUAAGACAGGGAGGAGGGGUAGCAGAGGAGUUGGUGAGGGAGGGAAGAGGGGAGAGAUAA